AUGUCUCUUCCACUAGCGUUCUACCUAACACUCGAUUGUAAGCAACCUCUUCACUCUGAGACUUCACUAACUUUCCCAGUGACUUUGCGAUGCCUGGUUCAGGUCGGUGUAGUGGCUUCGGGAGCGAGCUACUUUGGCGCAUUUCUCCCCAUCUCAUUCUUGGCUCUGUAUCUCAUCCAAAAGCACUACCUGCGCACUUCCCGACAGAUGCGACUCUUGGAUCUCGAAGCCAAGACACCGCUAUACACACAAUUCACGGAGAUUACAGCUGGGCUCGCAACCAUUCGCUCAUUCGGAUGGACAAAUGAGUUUCUCGAUGAAAGCUUCCGCAUGCUCAAUACAUCGCAAAAGCCUUUUUAUCUGAUGUUCUGUAUUCAGCGAUGGUUGGAGCUGGUACUUGACCUCUUCGUUGCGGGGAUGGCCAUCUUGCUGGUCACGAUUGCCUUGCGGAUUCCUGGCACUACUAGCGAGGGCGCAAUUGGGCUAGCCAUGGUUAACCUGCUAGGGCUGAAUAUGACACUAACAACGGUAAUUGAUCAGUGGACGACUCUGGAGACUUCGCUUGGAGCUAUUGCCAGGUUGAAGUCGUUCAUCAGCAACACCCCAAAUGAGAACAAGCAGGGUGAGACCGAAGUCCCAGACAAUUGGCCCGGGGGUAAAAUAGUGUUUGAUGGAGUGACUGCAUCGUAUAGUGGCAAAUCAUCUUUGAUCCUUUCUAUCCUACGCCUACUCGAGCUACAAUCAGGAAGCAUUCAUAUGAACGGCAAAGACCUAGCAUCAAUACCGCGUCAACACAUCCGAUCCCAGAUAACAACAAUCCCUCAAGAUCCCGUAAGCAUCUCAGGCACAGUACGACAGAAUCUUGACCCUGAGUCACUUGUCCAAGCGGAUGAAAUUCUCGUCGAAGCUCUCAAAAAGACUACCCUAUGGGCUACCAUUGAAACACGCGGUGGACUUGAUGCUGAUCUGAGCGAGCUUGGGUUUUCGGUUGGACAGCGACAAUUGUUUUGUCUCGCACGAGCCUUACUCUCGCACUCAAAGAUCGUUCUCCUUGAUGAACCAACCAGCACUGUUGACAAAGCUACCGAUAAAGACGUACGACGUAUCAUUCGAGAGGUUAUGCAAGGCCGAACAGUGAUUGAAGUCACUCAUCGGCUUGAUUAUGUGACAGACUUUGAUCUCGCCGUUGUCAUGAAGGAUGGGCGAGUCAUCGAGACUGGCGACCCAAAGGAGUUACUCGCCCAGAACUCAGCUUUGAAGGCACUGCGGGGAUAA